AUGCCUUUAGGAACUGGUUCUUCUAACCGCCUUGUCGCUGAAGGUCCUGGCUGUUGUCUCUUUCAAUCAGCUCGAUGUGUGCCCCCUAGCGUUCUCAAGCGCGAGAUCCAUCAGAAGCGCAAGUACAACUCAUAUUUAGAUCUGUCUUCGGAAUCUUCGCUAGACGUCAACUGCGAAUGCCUUCGCAGCUGCUGUCGGCGCGUUUCCGGUAGGCGCCAACAGGUUAACUGGACUAAACAUUUCGUUGACAGAAAAGACCGUACACAACGACGAGGGGCGUUAUUUUGCACGACACACUUCCAGUGA